CCCCUCCUGGAGUGCGAGGGCUGUUUUUGUUGUUGGUGAAAGGUGAGGGGAACAGCUGAUUCCGUCUGUGGGAGCAGAGAUCUCCAGGGCGGGAUGCAGGAGUCCUCCCUCAGCCGUGCUCCCUCCCGGGGUGGUGUCAACUUCCUGAAUGUCGCCCGGACCUACAUCCCCAACACCAAGGUGGAAUGUCACUACACCCUUCCUCCAGGCACCAUACCCAGUGCCAGUGACUGGAUUGGCAUCUUCAAGGUGGAGGCUGCAUGCGUCCGGGAUUACCACACGUUCGUGUGGUCAUCGGUGCCUGAGAAUCCAGCUAGUGGUUCUCCUAUCCACGCCAGUGUCCAGUUCCAAGCCAGCUACCUGCCCAAACCAGGAGCCCAGCUCUACCAGUUCCGCUAUGUGAACCGCCAGGGCCGAGUAUGCGGGCAGAGCCCCCCUUUCCAGUUCCGAGAGCCAAGGCCCAUGGAUGAGCUGGUGACCCUGGAGGAGGCUGACGGUGGCUCUGAUAUCCUGCUGGUUGUCCCCAAGGCCACUGUCCUGCAGAACCAGCUGGAUGAGAGCCAACAAGAACGGAAUGACCUGAUGCAGCGCAAGCUGCACCUGGAGGGGCAGGUGACGGAGCUGAGGAGCCGUGUGCAGGAGCUCGAGUCGGCAUUGGCGACAGCCAGACAGGAGCACGCAGAGCUGCUGGAGCAGUACAAGGGCCUUACGCGGUCCCAUGGAGAGCUCACAGAGGAGAGGGAUGUGCUCAGCCGGCAACAGGGCGACCACGUGGCGCGCAUCCUGGAGCUGGAGGACGACAUCCAGACCAUCAGUGAGAAAGUGCUGACCAAGGAGGUGGAGCUGGACAGGGUGAGAGAUGCGGCGAAGGCCCUGACUCGAGACCAAGAGAAGCUGCUUGGGCAACUGAAGGAAGUGCAAGCAGACAAGGAACAAAGCGAGGCUGAGCUCCAAAUGACACAAGAGGAGAGCCGGCGCCUCGGCUUGGAGCUGCAGGAAGCCAAGGGCCGGCAGGAGGAGCUGGGUGCACAGGUGCAGCGCCUGAAGGACAAGGUGGCCCAGAUGAAGGAUGCCCUCAGCCAGGCCCAGCAGCGCGUGGCUGAGCUGGAGCCUCUGAAAGAGCAGCUUCGAGGGGCCCAGGAGCUGGCAGCCUCGAGUCAGCAGAAGGCUGCACUUCUCGGGGAGGAGCUGGCCAGCGCGGCGGGAGCCCGGGACCGCACCAUCGCUGAGCUGCACCGCAGCCGCCUGGAGGCUGCUGAAGUCAAUGGGCGACUGGCCGAGCUCAGCCUGCACCUGAAGGAGGAGAAGUGCCAGUGGAGCACGGAGCGGGCAGGGCUGCUGCAGAGUGUGGAGGCUGAGAAGGACAAGAUCCUGAAGCUGAGCGCAGAGGUCCUUCGCCUGGAGAAGGCGCUGCAGGAGGAGAGGGCCCAGAACCAAGUGUGCAAGACAGAACUGGCCCGGGAGAAAGAUUCCAGCCUGGUGCAGCUGUCAGAGAGCAAGCGGGAGCUGACAGAGCUGCGCUCAGCCCUGCGUGUGCUGCAGAAGGAGAAGGAGCAGCUGCAGGAGGAGAAGCAGGAGCUGUUGGAGUACAUGAGGAAGCUGGAGGCCCGCCUGGAGAAGGUGGCUGAUGAGAAGUGGAGCGAAGAUGCGGCUACUGAGGAUGAGGAGGCCACUGCGGGGCUGAGCUGCCCAACUGCACUGACAGACUCCGAAGAAGACGAGUCACCAGAAGACAUGCGCCUCCCGGCCUACCGCCUGUGCGAGCGCGGAGACUCAGGCACUUCUGCCGGGCCGCGAGAAGCAUCGCCCCUGGUUGUCAUCAGCCAGCCGGCCCCCAUUACUCCCCACCUCUCAGCACCUGCUGAGGACAGUAGCUCGGAUUCGGAGGCUGAAGAUGAGAAGUCAGUCCUGAUGGCAGCUGUGCAGAGUGGGGGCGAAGAGGCCAACCUGCUGCUUCCUGAACUGGGCAGUGCUUUCUACGACAUGGCCAGCACCAUCUUCCGCGGAGCCCAAAUUGCCCUGCAUCCCCUCUCUCCUGCCCCUUCCCCCUCCCCAACCACCAGUGGCUUCUCAGUGAGUUCCCUAACCGAGGCUAGCGCCGGGGGCACCGCCACACCCCCCUGGAAGGAGUGUCCCAUCUGCAAGGAGCGCUUCCCUGCCGAGAGCGACAAGGAUGCCCUGGAGGACCACAUGGACGGACACUUCUUUUUCAGCACCCAGGACCCCUUCACCUUCGAGUGAUGGCAGCACCUCCCCUGGUACCCAAAUGUACUCUCUCUCUCUCUCUCUCACACACACACACACACAUACACACACACACACACACACGCAUGCACACUCAGGUCUCCAUCACCCCGGGCCCCAUGAUGUUCUGUUCCCUAAGACCCGCUCCUGGGGGCCCUGCUUUCAUCCUCCUCUCCUACCUGCCUGCUCUCUCCCGGGCAGGGACUCUUUCUUGGAAGAACAGCUGCACUGGCCCCAGAAGUGGUUUUAGCAGGCCCAGGAUGGAGGAGGCCUUCCUUCCCCGGUUCAGGGGGUGGCGGACAGCACCAGUCCCUUUUAGCCCGAACUGCUUCUGAUACUCACACAGCCACAUGUUCCACCACUCACACUCCCACUCCCCUCCUCGGUGCCCCAAAGCCAGUUCCAGGGGCACCCCACCCUCGCUGCUUACUUAUUUGGAGUUUGUUUACCUGAGUUUUCAUGGGCCCCGCAGAGAGGCAGGGGCACAGACGUGGCAACCUCUGCAGGUUUUGUUCCAGUUCCCAGUUUCAGGGCGUUGUUCUUUCUGUCCCCCCAUGGCCUUCUACGCCCCAGCCCAGACUUUGCUGUAGCCUUUGGUAUUCAGUUUGGAAGUUCUUUUUGUAUUUUGGAGGGUUUCUGUGUCUGUCUCCAUCCCUCCUUGCCACUCUGUCCUGUCCCUCCCCUCCCCAGGAUCCUCACAUGGAAAGAAAUACCGUAUUUGUGCCUUCUGUGAGGGACGGGGGAGCAAGUGGCCCCAGAUGUCCCAGCCCUUCCCCCGUGGCCCCCCACAGCAAUAAGAGCUUCCCAUUCCCCCUAUGCCUUCCUCUGAUGAGUAGUUUGGACAAAUAUAUUUAUAUGAUAUGGA